UGGAUGUUGGGUCAUCACGCCAUCGUUUUCUCUGUACUAUAUCCAAUUAGUGUUAGGUAGAGUCCGCAUUCGAGUUUGGUAACCCAACUUAAAACAGAACAAAUUGCUUUAUGCAUGCCUUAUAUAUAUAUAUAUAUAUAUAUAUUUCCCAAAUCCGUGGAGAAUUGAUCAGGGAUAGAGCAGAUUGAGCUGGUGGCAGAUCAUAAGGGAAUUUUGAUUCUUGACUCUGUUUAAAAUGGAUAGAAAUGGAGUAACUGAAGGAGAAUUCGAGGAGAGAGGGAUGAACAAAUGUGCCGAACAAGUAUCACACCUGGCUCUUGAUAUCGGAGGCUCCCUCAUCAAGAUGGUGUACUUCUGUGGAGAAAAUAGUGGCUCAGAGCAUCAACAGGGAAUUUUGUCUUCAAAGGAAAGUUGUGGACUUUCUAAUGGAAAUACAAAUUGCUCAGUCCUCGGAGGAAAGCUUCACUUUCGGAAGUUUGAAACAAGCAAGAUCAAUGAGUGCCUAGAAUUUAUGUCUUCCAAGCAAUUUCAUCGGAAUGGUGAGGAUUGUCAUGGGGCUUCUGUAAGUGAGAAGAAUAUCAUAAAGGCUACAGGAGGUGGGGCUUUUAAGUUUGCUGAUCUCUUCAAAGAAAAGCUUGGAAUGACUCUGGACAAGGUUGAUGAAAUGAAUUCUCUUGUUGCUGGUGCAAAUUUUUUGCUUAAGGCAGCCAGCCAUGAAGCUUAUACAUACAUGGAUGGUCAGAAGGAGUACGUGCAGAUUGAUCAGAAUGAUUUAUACCCUUAUCUCCUUGUCAAUAUUGGGUCCGGUGUUAGCAUGAUCAAGGUUGAUGGAGAUGGGAAAUUUGAGCGAGUUAGUGGAACUAGUGUUGGAGGUGGCACCUUCUGGGGGCUGGGAAAACUUUUGACGAAGUGCAAGAGCUUUGAUGAAUUGCUGGAGUUGAGUUAUUCUGGUAACAACCGAGUAAUAGAUAUGCUUGUUGGAGACAUCUAUGGUGGAAUGGACUAUUCCAAGAUUGGACUUUCUUCCACAGCAAUUGCUUCUAGCUUUGGAAAGGCAGUUUCCGAAGAUAAAGACCUUGAAGAGUACAAACCUGAAGAUGUGGCACGGUCUCUCUUGAGAAUGAUUUCAAACAAUAUUGGACAGAUUGCUUACUUGAAUGCUCUUCGUUUUGGACUGAAGCGAAUAUUUUUUGGUGGGUUUUUCAUUCGGGGUCAUGCUUACACGAUGGACACAAUUUCUGUGGCAGUCAAUUUCUGUUGCUGCAACGCUGCAAGAAGCUCCGUCGUUAGGGAAGUGUUCAUUGUUUCUCAUGAAUGUACUUCUUGCAGGUCGAAUCAUUAUUGUUUCUCAUGA